AUGGUUGAGAAGUGUAAAAGAAGUGGAAAACAAGCAUUGCAAAACAAUGAGCAGAAAGAGGGAAAGAAGGAGCGAGCAAUGGUGGACAGAGUGUUUAUUGCAAGAAUAUGUCGAAUCCUGAAAAUAAUGGUCCCUAGAACACUUUGUAAAGAGACAGGUUACUUGCUGCUUAUUGCUGUGAUGCUGGUAGUCCGCACGUAUUGUGAUAUUUGGAUGAUUCAAAAUGGAACAGUCAUUGAAAGUGCUAUCAUUGGACGCAGCAGAAAAGAUUUCAAGAAAUACUUGUUCAACUUCAUUGCCGCGAUGCCUGCUAUCUCUCUAGUGAAUAACUUCCUGAAGUAUGGUCUAAAUGAAUUGAAACUUUGCUUCCGAGUAAGACUUACCAGAUACCUCUACGAGGAAUAUCUUAAAGCUUAUACAUACUACAAAAUGGGAAAUCUGGACAACAGAAUAGCUAAUCCAGAUCAACUCCUUACACAGGAUGUGGAAAAAUUCUGUAACAGUGUAGUGGACCUAUACUCAAACCUUAGCAAGCCCUUCUUGGAUAUAGUCUUGUAUAUCUUCAAGCUAACAAGUGCAAUAGGAGCUCAGGGUCCAGCUAGCAUGAUGGCAUACUUGAUUAUUUCAGGGUUUUUCCUUACGCGUUUAAGGAGACCAAUUGGCAAGAUGACUAUUAUAGAACAAAAAUAUGAAGGGGAGUACAGAUACGUCAACUCACGGCUUAUUACAAACAGUGAAGAAAUUGCUUUUUAUAAUGGAAACUUGAGAGAAAAACAGACUAUUCACAAAACCUUCCGUAAACUGGUGGAACACUUGCAUAAUUUCAUCCUGUUCCGAUUCUCUAUGGGUUUCAUUGAUACUAUAAUAGCCAAAUACCUUGCCACUGUGGUUGGUUACCUGGUUGUUAGUCGUCCGUUUUUGAACCUGGCUGAUCCUCGUCAUCAGAAUAGUACUCAUGCAGAACUUUUGGAGGAUUACUACCAAAGUGGAAGAAUGUUACUGAGAAUGUCUCAAGCUUUGGGCAGAAUAGUCCUAGCAGGCCGUGAAAUGACAAGAUUGGCUGGUUUCACAGCUCGGAUUACAGAAUUAAUGCAGGUUCUGAAGGACUUGAAUAGUGGCAAAUAUCAGCGUACUAUGGUAUCACAAGAAAAAGAUGCAGAUAAAAAGCAAGCUUUGCCUUUGAUACCUGGAUCUGGAGAAAUUAUCAACACUGAUAACCUUAUCAAGUUUGAUCAUGUUCCAUUGGUGACACCUAAUGGAGAUGUUUUGAUUCAAGACCUUAACUUUGAGGUUCGAUCUGGUGCAAAUGUUCUGAUUUGUGGGCCAAAUGGGUGUGGGAAGAGCUCACUUUUUCGUGUUCUUGGUGAGUUGUGGCCUUUGUUUGGUGGACGUUUAACAAAACCUGUAAGAGGAAAGUUGUUCUAUGUUCCCCAGAGACCAUAUAUGACUCUUGGAACGCUCAGAGAUCAAGUUAUAUAUCCAGAUACUUUAGAAGAUCAGAGAAAGAAAGGGAUUUCUGACCAGGUGCUGAAGGAGUACUUGGAUAAUGUCCAGCUGGGUCAAAUCUUGGAACGUGAAGGAGGCUGGGAUAGUGUUCAAGACUGGAUGGAUGUACUCAGCGGGGGAGAAAAACAGAGAAUGGCAAUGGCAAGGUUGUUCUACCAUAAGCCCCAGUUUGCAAUCCUAGAUGAGUGCACCAGUGCUGUUAGUGUUGAUGUAGAAGGCUACAUUUAUAGCCACUGCCGAAAGGUUGGCAUUACUCUCUUCACUGUCUCCCACAGAAAGUCACUCUGGAAACAUCAUGAUUUUUACUUGCAUAUGGAUGGCAGAGGAAACUAUGAGUUCAAGAAAAUAACUGAAGACACAGUUGAAUUUGGAUCUUAAAAUCAUGAACUGAACUGCUUACAGAGACUGAUGAUUACAGGAAGUGUGUAGAAUGGCAGACAUUGUACAAUAAAACUACUCAGCUUGUUUUUUAAAAAAAUUAACUAGGAUAACACAAAACAAGCUGUUAAACGUUUACUGUUAUGUAGGAUAUUGCUAAUUGUGUAUAUGUUGGUUUAAUUAUUGAUAUGUACUAAGAAUGUCCUUAUUCUUGUGGUUUAAAAACCUGCCUAAAUUAAAUUGGGCUUAAAUCAGUGUAACCUGAUUCAUCCUGGGAUGCAAACCAUUUGAAAUCAGCUGAUUUGACUUUUGUAGACCUUCUUUCCCUUCAGUGAAAAGCCCUGUUAAAAUUAGGGUUGCUACCUCUCUAGUUCCUGCAAAGCAGUCUUGGAUUUUUGCUCUGUUCUAUGCAUAUUUCUGAGUUAUUUCACAUGGUGCAGGACAUUCUCUUAUCUUCAGAUCUCUUCCCUGUUAAAUGAAAGAGCCUCUUCCUUGACCAAGCCUUGUGAUGUAGCCAAUACACCCUUGCUGAUAAAGGGUGGACUGAACCUAAAAGACAAAACUAAUUCCUUCUGUUAAAAAAAAUUAAGCUUGUUCUUUCAUGGGUUUUGG